GCGACAGACAAAGUUAAUAACUUUUUCAUAACUAGGUAAUGCAACUUUAUUUUCUAAGGGCUAUUAACAAGUCGUCUGUAAAUCAUGAAGAGAUGAGACGGUAGUAUAGUACUUGAUGAAUUUUGUUGGGGACUGUCUAUUGCUAGCGGAAAACUGCUCACUUUUCAUAGUUUAGUAGCCGUUCUAGCAGCGUUCACAUAUACAAAACUAAUGUAUUUCUAUAGCAUAAUGUAGGGUACUGCAGUAACGACGUACGAAUUUUUUUCUUCUGAUCUGACGUUUGUGCUGGGCGCUAACCGGAUUGAGAAAGCGAUUUGUUCAGCGGAUUAGCGUACAACCGGCUCUCUCAGUAGAAAUACGGAGCCCAAGCAAGACUGCUGGUCAAAAUUUCGCGCCGCUAACGUAGCAGCGCUAGCAAAUAUGUCCUCUGUGUACUUCUCGUGUUUCCCCUUUCCUAUUUGCAUUCGUUGCCCAUGACUUGUGAGCACCCACAAUAAUUAUAUCCAAAUCAUAUCAUUUCGGAGCACUCGCGAAACUGUCGCCUAGUUUUAUAUGAUUGUUUAUUCGUUUCUGAUAAUAUUUAGACGAUUUCUGCGUAUGUUUUUGUUAAACCUGCAUUCUGUGAGAAAGACUUUGAGUAUGCCUUCGGACAACCGCUAAAAAUAGCUUAUGUGAUGAACAAAGUGGCAUUUUUUCGUCUGGAAAUUUUUGAUAGCGCAUAAAUUAUUUGUAUCAUUACGUUGCAGCCAUGCUCUAGCACUCUGUAGACUACGGCAUCAAGCAAUUUUUGUACGAAAUAAGCAUUAGACCGUUAACUGCGGCAGCCACAGAUUUACUUCGACAGACUAAUGCUCAAAUACUAUUUCGUAAUGUAGUUGUUUAUUUUGUCAGCGUUUUUUACGGUUCCACUCGUAACGAUGCUACUAGCACUUCCUAGAGGUAUUUAUACUGGAAAUAUCGUACGAAACCUAAAAAGCAGGCUCCCAUUAUCGUAUAGUUAUGAGCCAACACAUACACACAGACGGAACCGCAUCGCUAAACAUCUCAGCGUCGCGGAAAGUUCGUGACGGGAAGUCCCUUGUAACACACACACACACACACACGGAGGUGUCUCCCUAUCGGAAGCACACGAGGCACACGUUCAUCUGAGUUCCAGUUAGCGACGCAAGCGGACAUUACAAUUUCUUCUGCCAAAAUGAGCCCUGUUUCUAGCUGACUUCGCUAUUGCCACUGACCUAACGGAAUCUGCUGUGUACCCCGCCAGCGAGUAAUGUCAAAGUUGAACCCCGAAAGCCACAGAAGAAAAACAUUUAGAUGUCUCUCCCAGCAACUGCUUCGUCGUCAGCAUUGUUCACUCGUGGUCUGCGGUGGGGAGUUAGUAAGAUUUCUAUUCGUGCUCGACGAUGUCGCUACGAACCAACAAAAACCAUGGAACAUUUCGUGUGGUGGAACGUUAAAAAGCUGCCAAUCGUUUAGGAAUGAGCGAACUUCCCUGAGCCGGUUUCAUCCUCCCACAUAAGAGAGGCUGACUGAUUGGGGAACACAACCCCUGAAAUAGCAAUGGCCAUAUAUAAACUAAAUGCGUUACCGGUUCGAAAACUUCUACGACGCGUUUCCGUCGUACUCGCACACAACUUAUAUGAAGCCAGUGACUCUCACAUCAAAUUAGGUACCAUCUAUUAAGCAUCCAUUCAACUGCGGUAAAUCUAGACUUUGCCUUAAUCAACUAGUUCGAUAUCAGUAAACGGAUUAUCGAACAACGGUUAAAGAAAACAAUCAUAUCCGUAUCGAAUAACUGACACGUGAACCGGAACUUUCGUACGAGAAGUGGCUAUGGGUGACCAGAAUUGCAUAUGUUUGGGUGUUAGAAUGAAACUAAGGGGCUUAGUGGCAUGCUUACUUGUGUUCGUGUUGGUCACCGCCGAAGGUGCUUUUACUAGUGAGGACUUGAUAAAUCUGGAAAGUAUAAAAGUCAGCGAUGCUCUCCUACAAGAACUUCAGGAUAUUGAUGAAGUACGAAUUAUAGAGGUGCCCCAAAAUAGUCAUGAGCCGUUCAUGGGACAAGGAAAUCAGAAGACAGUGCGCACAUUUACUGGGAUGCUAUAUCGAAAACCCGGCAAAGGUUUAGGUCCUGGUUCAUUCGCGCAGGAGAAAAGACGCGAACCUGUUAUAAUAACAAGCGAUCGAGACCAGAUGAUGUUCGUUAACCUGGGCGCCAUCUUGGGCAUGCCACACGUCGGGAUUGCUCGGCUGCCACUUUCCAUUCUCAAUAAUCAGCAAUAUGAGGGUCGAAGAUGGGUUGCGGUGCCUUCUAUUCCGCAUGAAACGAAGAAUAAAGUUGUCAAGCUUCCACCUGUUAUCCGAGUCACUCCGAUUUCAGGAGUCAAUAUCAAUUCGAUCGAUUCCAAGGCUAUGUCAACCCAGUUAGUUCGCUUAAACUCCUUGCAAAAGUCCCCAACGAACAACUCUUCUGGUGAUAGCAAAGAAAAUGCUUCCGGCACUGGACAAGAGCCAGCUAAAGACUCUAAAAACAAUUCACCUCUUAAUCUGAAGUAUCGAGAUCAGUACGUAGGUGAUCAACAAAGGAGAGCCCAAAAAGGUUAUUCUGAAUCGUCCAACAAUUCGUUCGUUAUCCCGCAGCGACCGCCGCUACAGCAUCUGUACCGAAACCAACAUCUGGGCGUUUCGUCCCAGCCGAUUCCUGCUGCUAUAAUGCCGCCAAAGUACUACCAGCCUUAUUUACGACCUGUUCAAGGAACGACACGGCCUCAAUUGCCGAACCACUCAAUGGCGUUGCCGGCGAAAGUGCCACGUGUUACCUCGUCCUGGAUACCUGUCGGCAAACCGCUUAGUCCCGAGGACUUUAUGCAUAUGCCUACCUUAACUGCACAACCGAUUCGGCGCACCCCUAAGAUGCUUAUUCGCCAACUGUUUGGCGGUACCCAAGACAAUAUCGUUAUUACAACUGACAACAAUGAACAAUUCUUCCAGGACGAUGCUCCACUUGUUCCAGCGCCCUCAGCGGUCGCACCUGUCAUAGCGCUGCUAUCGCCUGUUAACCUAGAAAGAGGUGCACUGCGGUCGGUGGUACCCUCUAAAGAACUGCACAGAAACGCAGGGCUUUUGUUGGAUCAAAAACGUCGAUAUCCUUCAUAUUUCGGUUAGGUGACCAUUUGAUUAAGUAUGGCACGUACAUGCGCAGUAUAGGCAAUUGAUACCAUGUGUAGGGGAUUGUACCAAACUGAACAGGAAAAGUCCGCACUGCAGCAUUCGGCGUGAAUACUCGAUGGGUAUUAAAAUAUAUACACACCAACGAUCUUAGAUGCCCUCCAUGGUCCAGCUUUGUUCUUAAAAUAUAUAUGUAUAUGAGUCAUUAAACGCCCUUGAAGAUCAGAGGGCCACCUGUAAUGCUGAUCUGACGAAUCCUGAUCGAUCAGAUGUAUUGUUUAAAGAAUAGAAAUCUGAGUUGCUUAAAUGGUCACGAGCUAAAAUGGGCAUGGCACGGAUCAGGGGGGUAUGUCUUAGUGUGAUUCAUUGAAAUGCGGUUCGUCAGAUUAAAAAUGAACUUCUGAAAAGUAAUAUCCUUUUUCCUACCUGCCUUCACCCUGCACAACAUAGAUAAAAAAAAAAAAGAAAUAGUUGUUUAUGUAACAUACUGUGCCUAUAUUUAUU